CAGACGGCGUAGGGGGGCGGGGACACAUCCGGGCGCCCUGGGCCGCGGCGCGGUUGCCAUGACAACGGGAAGUCUUGCGCCAAGGCUUGGGGAGGCCUAGCUGACUGCGGACCUAGACGGCCGAGCCCGGCGCUGCGGCAGCCCGGCAGCACCGUAGCCAUGAGCCUGGGAACGGCCUCAGAGACGGCCGCCAGGAUGUCGACCGCCGUCGCGCACAGGCCUCCAGCUCCCGCCUGAGCUCGCGAAGCCGCCGCUUCCUGGAAGCCCUCCGGGGCUGCGCCUCCCGAGAACCUGUCGCCGCGUCCCGUCGGGAGAUGACAGUCUGUCUGCAAUCACCUUUGACUCUGACUUGGAGCUGAAGACAAAGCGGAAAGGUUUGCACAGACCUCUUCCCACAUCACCGAAGUCACCUUAUUACUCUAAGCCAAGGAAAGUGGCAUCGUGGAAUCGAUCUGUGAGGACCUCAGGGAGCAUGCCGCUGAGCAGCAGGAUGUCCUUAACCCCACAGAAGCUGUGGCUGGAAACUUCAAAGCAAGGUCAUGUCCCUGGGACCUCUGUCUACAGAGAGAAAGAAGACAUGUACGAUGAGAUUAUUGAGUUGAAGAAGUUAUUACACACUCAGAAAAGAGACGUGGAUCUAAUGAGAACAAAACUCCGGCGCAUGGAAGAGGAAAAUAACAGAAAGGACCGGCAGAUAGAACAGCUCUUGGAUCCAGGCCGAGGCCUGGAUUUUGUUCGCACACUAGCAGAGAAAAGCCCCGACACCGGCUGGGUCAUCAAUGGGCUGAGACAGAGGAUCUUCCGGCUAGAGCAGCAGUGCAAGGAGAAGGACAGUGCCAUCAACAAACUGCAGACGGACAUGAAGACCACCAACCUGGAGGAGAUGAGGAUCGCCAUGGAGAUCUACUACGAGGAGAUCCAUCGUCUCCAGAUGCUCUUGGCAAGUUCUGAAGCCACAGGAAAGAAGUAUGCUCCUGUUUGGCCUCCUCUGGUGGAGAAGAAGGUGGGUGUGAGGAGGCAGAAGAAGAUGAGCAGCGCCCUCCUGAACCUGUCCCGGAGCGUUCAGGAGCUGACCGAAGAGAACCAGAGCUUGAAGGAGGACCUGGACCGUGUGCUCAGCAACUCCCUGACCAUCACCAGAGUGAAGGGUUACGUGGACUGGAGCAAGCCCCGGCUGCUGAGACGCAUUGCGGAGCUAGAAAAGAAAUUAAGUUCAAUGACGAGCUCAAAAUCGCACGCUUCAGAGCUGGUCAAAUUGAAUCCUGAUGGCGCAGCUCCCAAGCAGCUGGGAUGGGAUGGGCAGGAGGAGCAGGAGCAGGAGCACCUUCAGGGGACAGUGAAGAACCUGAGGGGAGAGCGGAGCGAGCUACAGGCCCAGCUGCUGGAAAAAGAUAAGGAACUGAGGCAGCUGCUGCAGGUCAAGGCCGAGCUGGAGAAGAAGCUGGAGAGUACAAGGGAAGCUCAGAAGGAGCAGCAGGAACGAGAGCAGGCCUUGAAAGAGGAAAUCCAAACACUUACCAGCAAGUGGCAAGAGCUGGAAGAAUACAAGAAGGAGGAGAAGAGCGCAGGCAGUCAUCCCCUAGAGGUGACACACGAGGCCCAAGGAGCACCCUGCAACCGCCCUCCAGGCAGCACAGCCUUGCAGCGGGAUUCCAAUUCUGAGGAGGAAGGCAGCUCCUCCUGGCCCUCCACCAGCACUGACAGGAGGAGAGAGGCGGCUGCUAGGACCCUGCAGGCCUGGUGGAAGGCCCGGGCAUGCAUGAAAAAAAAGGCUGUCCUGGAUGAGGGCUCCUCCACACCGCGAGUGCUGAGUCCCGUCACCCAGCCUGAGGGCAGUCCAGAGCAGGAGGAGGCCAUCACCAUCAUCCAGUCUGUCCUCCGGGCACACCUGGCCAGGGCCAGGCACAGCAUCGCCAGCAGAACCACUGGCAUCACGUCCAGCAGAGCGGCUGCAGCCGAAACCUCCUCCCCAACCCGCCUCGAAGCUUCUCCUGGUAAGGAGGACAGCAAGGCCAGCGAUGGGAUGGCUGCAGAGGACGAGGCAGGGGAGCCGGCCAGCCUGCAGCCCCACUGUGCAGAACCCUGUCCCUCGGGGCUGCAGCCCACAGUGGCCCUGCCUGUGGAUGAUGUCUACUCCGAUGACUCUGAUGAGAUUGUCAUCAUGCCAGCACUGCCCACGAAGAAGAGCCCCUCCCCAUUCUAGGCCCCUAGUUGCUGUCGCCAAGUGUUGGUCACCAGGGGAAAGGACAGAGCCACUCUAGAGGACAUGGUAACCAAACCAGAAUCCUCAGGUCUGAACGCCUUGGCUUGGCUUGGCUUGUCCAUCUGAUGAGCCCUGGUGGCCUUUAUUUCACCCUCUGGGGGAGGCCACUCUCUUGGAUCACUCUGUCCUAUCGUCUCCAGUCCACGUGGCUUUCAGGGACAACAAACACAUCUGCCAUGACCCAGGGGCAGCCAGAGAGCUCUACAAAGACACAUGAUCUUUCGGCAAUGUACCACCUUCCCUUGGCCUUCACCUGUGGAGAGCUGCCUGUUCAGGAGCCAGCGGAGCACUGAGUCCUCACGCUGUGACACCAGAGCUAGCCAGGGCUGAGCUCACCCAGUGGCCUAGCAGAAGCACACCGUGUCCCCACAGCUGCCCUUCCCAGGGUGGGGUCCGGUGGGAUUGGUCACUGGAGGGGUGAACACUGCAAAGCCCCGGCAGUGACCACAGAACAGUGGCACAUGGUUCCCUGGGGCAGCGCAGGUGCCACAGCCUCCGGGUCAACCCAGGUAGGGCUGGGAGCUGGUUGAGGAGGCCGGCCCGAGUCUCAGGGUGGGGCUGGGUUCCACUGUGGGUCAAGGGACAAGUCUGCCACCUCAGUGGGCCAGGGUCCCCGUGGCCAUGCUGGUCCCUUCAGUAGCCGCAUCACAGGCAAUGGCUUUGCAGCACCUUUGAAGACCCACAGCUUUGGCCUGUCCCUUGUCCUGUCAUGAGGUGAACCCCAGAUAGGCCAAGAUGAAGGGCUCCAGCUUGAGCAGAGUUUCAGGGGUGUCCAGGCACAAGAGCAACCUAAGUAUCCUUGGUAGAAUCCUGUGGGGGCCAGCCUCAGCCCGGCACUUGGGGUGCAGGACUUCUCCCCAGCAUCAGCCGCUGUCCAAGGAGAGAUCACACGUUAGGAAGCUGUACCCCUGCGGGACACUUCAGCCCCUCCAGAGCACCCUCCCCUCAGCACCCCUAAGCCUCUUCGUGGCAGCCUUCCCAUGUGCAGCGAGGGGUGGCCUGAGCUGGCAUACUGGUUCCUGCCCAGCCCCAUGGUGGGCAGAGUAACUGUAGGCCCCUGCCAGGCUUGAUUUCCAUACUCGGUCUGUGGCCACCCCAUCGAUUUUCUCCUCCCCACUGAACUGACUGGGUCGUGCGAAUCUGGGGUCCCUCUGUGGACCUGCCUUCCUUUCACCCCAAGCGUCUGCUCCGGGUGAUACCUGCCAUCCGUCAGGACUGCCCACUAAAUCAAGGAUGGCACAGUUGCCCCCUGUCCCUGCACAUUGGCCAGGGCAGAGUCCUCGAUUCUGUGUCUCACCACGAGCAGAAGGCAUUUCUCCGUUAAAGUUCACCCCUCAGAACUGCAGCCUGAGUUGAGGGAAGAUGGGGUGGGAGCAUUCCUGCCUCAGGCCAGGGAAGCACAUCAGCCUUAGGAGAGGGGACAGGGGACAAAGCAGGACUCCAGCUUGGGCAGUGUCUGCACAUCGAGGCCAUCCUAUGCACAGCCUGGGCCUGACCAAUAGGCAGAGCUGAGGACAAGAUCCAUAUUGGCCCCUGGACUUGAGUUUUCCAAGAAAAUACUCCAAGAAUUUUAAAUAUGUACAUUUUUCUGCCUGCCUCUUUUGAUGGGACAUUGCUCAUCUAUUAAAAGCAAACAUUCCAUCUUGAA